GUCACGCCUCACGCGGACCUCUCCCUCCUCCCUCUAAAACCCCACGAAAUCAGCGAGGGCGAGAAGGCGGGCGGCAGCCGCAGCAGCGAGCGAACACAGCAUCGCUUGUCUCUUUCCCCCCACUUGUUUCAUCUCUCUCUCUCUCCUCCCCUUCUCCCCUCCCGGAGCGCGAGAAAAGCUCGGAUUCCUGGUGGUUUCUCGCACUCCCCGUCCUCGAUCUGGGCGCUCCCUGCUUCCCUGCCUCGCCUCCUCCCCAGAUGGCCGCCUCCCGCUUCCUCUAAAUCUUCCCCUGCAGCAAGCUUCCUCCCCACUUGUUGGCUGUCCCACUGCGGCCAAUGGCGGCCGGGAGAGGGGGCGCCCAGGUGGCGGCGCUGCUGGUGGCGGCGCUUCUCCUCGGCGCGGGCGCUCCGGCCUCCGCGUCUUCGUACCCCGCGAGGGUGGUGAGCGGGUUCCUCUCCAAUGCGGCGUCGGCGGUGGUGAAGCGGCUCUGGUCGCUCAAAUCCACCACCAAGACAGCGACCGGGAGCAAGUCGAUGGUGAAGUACGAGGGCGGGUACACCGUGGAGACGGUCUUCGACGGCAGCAAGCUGGGGAUCGAGCCCUACUCCGUGGAGGUCACCCAGGGCGGCGAGCUGCUCGUCAUGGACUCCAUGAACAGCAACAUCUACAGGAUGGCGCUGCCGCUGUCCCGAUAUAGCAGGCCCAAGCUUGUUGCUGGUUCCCCAGAAGGAUUUCCUGGUCAUGUUGAUGGGAAGGUUCGAGAGGCAAGGAUGAACCAUCCAAAGGCAUUUACAGUGGAUGACAGGGGUAACAUCUAUGUGGCUGAUGCCAUGAACAUGGCCAUUAGAAAGAUCAGUGAUACAGGAGUUACAACUAUUGCUGGGGGCAAAUCAGGCAGAGGAGGGCAUGUUGAUGGACCAAGUGAUGAGGCAAAAUUUUCUACUGAUUUUGAAGUUCGAUACAUUGGCAGUAGCUGCUCCCUUCUGGUGAUCGACAGAGGAAACCAAGCAAUUCGCGAGAUUCAGCUCCACUUUGAUGACUGCGUGUACCAGUAUGAAGCUGGUUUUCCUCUAGGAGUGGCACUACUUCUUGCUGCCGCUUUCUUUGGCUACAUGCUUGCAUUGCUUCAGCGUCGCGCUUUGGGGAUGUAUUCAAAUGGAGAUGAGCAGGAAGCUCCGAGUCCAGUACAAGCUAAAUUAUCAAGCAUUCCACCUCCAUACCAGAAGCCACUGAAGCCUUCCCUUCGCCCCCCGCUAAUCCCUAGCGAGGAUGAACCUGUGAAACAAGAAGAGGAAGAAGGGCUCUUCACGUCAAUCGGCAAACUUGUGGGUGGAGCAAAAUCAUCAAUUGGAGAGAUCUUCCGUGCAGCAUUCUCCAGAAAGAAGCAUGUGAACAUCCAUCAUCAUCAGCUGGGCCUGGGUAGACCAACCUCCUGGCCAGUACAAGAAAGCUACGCCAUACCACGCGAUGAGACCCCACCGCCGCUGGACACGAGAACGCCGACCCCUCGCAAGAACUACGCCUUCAUGUCCAAGGAGCCUGAGAAGAUCCACCACAUCAGGCAUGGCCGGCCGCAGUUACACGGCUGGAACGGAGAAGCUCCUCAGCAGCAGCAGCAACCGCAACAGCCGCAGCAGCAAGUACACCACCAGCAGUACCUGCAACGCCACCAGCAGUACUCAGCCGGACCGCAGACCUUCUACGAGCCGAGCUGCGAGGCGACGAACGAGAUCGUCUUCGGAGCCGUGCAGGAGGCGGACACCGGCCGCCGUGCCGUGGAGAUCAAGGCCGUGAACCACGGCGACGCGCCGCCGUACGAGCAGAACGGGCUGCGCUACCGGAGCAGCUACAGCGUGGGCUACACUGGCCACAACUAGUCGAGGAAGAUUUAUUAUUACCUCCGUCCUAGUGGUUUUGGAGCGUCCUCCGUUAUACUAGCUGUAAGAAAAGGAGAGAGUAGAGAGGAAUCAAGGGAGUACCAGUCUCCUGAUUGACUCGUGCAACGGUAAAAAGCUGGGUUUUGGUAGAAGAGGGUCGUGUUCUUGGUUCAUGGACUCUUUACUAGCGAUGACAUAUAUAUAUGUAUGUAAGUUGAGUAAAAUGGGUUUUUAUCUCGGUCGACGCGAA